AUGGUUCCAGUAGUGUUUAGCCUCUUCAUUAAUGACCUGGACAAUGGGACAAAGCUCACCCUCAUCAAAUUUGCAGAGAAUACAAAAUGGGCAGGAGGGAUUGAUACGCCCACUGGCCAUGCUGCCAUUCAGGGGGACCUCAUUGGGCUGGAGAAAUGGGCAAACGGGAAACUUGUAAAAGAAAGUUCAACAAAGGGAAAUGCCAAGUUCUGCCCCUGUACUUUGUCAAGUGUGAAAAUGAGCUGCUAUAAUAUGAAAAGAAGUCUGCUUUUUCUUUCAGCUUUUGCUAUAAGUGUAGUUCCUGAAGGUGCAGAAGAUGAGACGGAACUACCAGUGCUGCAGAAAUCUAAAAAAAGUGGAACAAUUAGUAAGAUGAACAAAGAAUUAAAAGAAAUUGUAUUUAUCAUCCAGAGUCAAAGUAAUUCUUUUCAUUCCAAGAAAGCAGAAGAUCUAAAAAGAGAUAUUUUAAAACAGGCUGCAGAUCUUGGAAAGGAGUUACCUACGGUUCUGCUUAUUCAUCAGAUGGAUGGACAUGAAGGUGCAUGGACAAUAUUGCCAUUAAUGAGAGACUUCUCUGUUACCUAUGGUAAGAACUCCUCGUGGAUUUUCUUCUGUGAAGAAGACACAAGAAUACAAGUUGUAAAGCUGCUAGAAACGCUUGGAAGAUUUGACGAAUCUAAGGAGUGGUUUUUAGGUAAAGCAUUAUAUGAUGAAGAAUCUACCAUAAUUCACCAUUAUGCCUUUGCUGAAAAUCCUACAGUCUUUAAAUUUCCAGAUUUUGCUGCUGGUUGGGCACUUAGCAUUCCACUUGUUAACAAGCUUGCAAAGAAGUUGAAAAGUGAACCACUCAAGUCCGACUUUACAAUAGAUUUAAAGCAUGAGAUUGCCCUGUAUAUUUGGCAGAAAGGGGAGGGACCACCUCUUACUCCAGUGCCUGAAUUCUGCACAGAUGAUGUGAGCUCAUAUAAGGUUGAUCAUUGUGCAACAACAUUCAGUAAUUUUCUGCCACUUUGUGGGGAGCCAGUGAAAAAGGAAGAUGUCUUUGUUGCUGUAAAAACAUGUAGGAAAUUUCAUGGAGACAGAAUACCAGUUGUAAAGCAGACUUGGGAAAGAGAAGCUGCCCUUAUUGAGUACUACAGUGAUUAUGCAGACAUCUCCAUUCCUACUGUAGAUUUAGGCAUACCUAAUACUGACAGAGGUCACUGUGGGAAAACUUUUGCCAUUUUGGAAAGGUUUUUGAACCAUAGCUCCCCCAGAACUCCUUGGUUAGUCAUAGUGGAUGAUGACACACUGAUAAGUAUCUUCAGGCUCCGAAAAUUGCUCAGCUGCUAUGACCCAAAUGAACCAGUGUUUCUUGGAGAGCGUUAUGGUUACGGCUUGGGAACAGGAGGAUAUAGUUAUAUCACUGGCGGCGGAGGGAUGGUUUUCAGCAGAACAGCUGUUCAGAAACUACUUGCUAGUAAAUGCCGGUGUUACAGCAUGGACGCACCUGAUGAUAUGGUCCUUGGGAUGUGUUUCAGUGGCUUAGGAAUCCCUAUAACACAUAGUCCACUUUUCCAUCAGGCAAGGCCAAUGGACUACCCAAAAGGCUACCUUUCUCACCAAAUUCCAGUAUCAUUUCACAAGCAUUGGAAUAUUGAUCCAGUGAAGGUGUAUUUCACAUGGCUGGCACCAAACACAGAAGAGUCACUUAAUGGAAAGAAAGUUGAGUACAGCAGAGAGGAUUUAUAAGCAGUAGAAGAAUGUAAGUGUUGAUUAAUGUACUGUAGAUGAAAGACAGUCACUACUGUGAUUUUUGUGGUGUUCUCACGUUGUUCAUCUGUUUGUG